UAGGUUACCUGCAAACUGAGAAGCAGAGGGCAGCUGCAGGACUGUGAGCUGUGUGCUGGUUCCAGACAGCUGUUUACAGCUAGAAGAUCCAAAUAAACCUUCUGACUCUAUCAGAGCUCAACAGGUAGGACAGCGUGGGAUGGCUUUAGCUAGCGGCCACUGGUUUGAGAAAGAACAGAGAGGAGAACCUCCAAGUCCCAGUUGUGUAGGCACGGCCAUGCGCUGGCUGUGGCAGGAAAUGUAGCGUUUCUGUUCGGGGGAGCCUGCAGCAUCAACCAGGAGGACAGGCCUGUUUACUUCAGUGACUUCUACAUGCUAACAGUGAAUCCUGACGAUGUGACCUGGGAGGAGAUUCCACAGACUGGACAGGUACCAUCUGCCAGAGAGGGACACACUCUGUGUGUUGUUAAGGGAAGGUUGUACCUGUUUGGAGGAGCUUCCUGUCCUGAUGCCACUGAAUGUCUGCCGGGGGUCCACUGCUUCGACAUAGUUUCCCUCACCUGGGAGUGGUUGGCAGUUGGGGGCGUGGCCCUCAGGACUCUGGGACACAGCUCUGUUGCUAUUGGAGACAACAUCUACACAUACGGAGGCCUUUUGAAUGGAAAUCCAGCUGAUGACCUCAUGCUCUUCAACACGGUGUCGCUCACCUGGACUCCAGUUAGAACACACGGAUCACUGCCUCCUGCUCUGUGGGGUCAGAGCUUUGCCCUGGCUGGGGAUCAGGUGUUCAUGUUUGGAGGUUGUGGAGCUGGGGGAGACUUCUGUAAAGACCUGUACGUUCUUAAUACAGAAAACCUGAUGUGGGAAAAACGAGACGUGAAAGGAGAAGCCCCUGCAGCCUGCAGCGGUCAAACACUGACCGCACACCAUGACAAGGACAUUUACCUUUUUGGAGGCAAAAGCACAAAUGAGGACGGCGCAGACACAUCAACCAAUGAAAUCCAUAAACUCAGCAUUGCAAAGAUGAAGUGGAAGGUCCCGCUGUACGUUGGGAUUCCUCCAGCCCGUCGACACGGACACUCCGCCUUCAUCCUCCACAGCCAUCUGUAUGUGUUUGGAGGGAAAAACGAAGAGCAAGAUUUCAACGAUCUGAAGGUGAUGAAGUUAAUCAGCCCCUCUGAAAGACAACCAGUGAUGAAGGAGAUUCUGUCGGAGUUUGGCCUCCAGGGCAUCAGUCACAGCUUCACUCCCACUAAAGUUCCUAACGUCCGCUAUGAGCUGAGUGGGUCAGUGAGUCCAGCUGUGGCGUCCAGGAACCCUGCAGUCACACAGGUGAGUCUCCACAGAGACUUCAGUGCAGUUCGAGAUCAGGCUGGGAAGAUGAUCCAGACGGCCUUCACCCUGUUAGACCAGGAGUUCCAGAAAAUAGAAAGAGAGAGAUCAGAGCUGAUCACAGCGGCUGCUGCUCUGCGAGAGGAGAAGGAAGUUCAGGAUGCUCGCAGACAACAACAAGAGCAGGAGCUGCAGGAGAUGGUGGAAAGGCAUCGCUCCCAAAAUGAGGCCUGGCUUCGUGCACGAGCUGAAGAAAAUGACAGAGAGCGGAGGGAGCUCUGCAGACUCAGAGAGGAGGUGCAGCAGGAGCAGGAGCGGCUGAGGGAGGAGAACAUCGCCAUCCAGAAACGCAGUGAACACCUUCUGUCCAUCAUGCAGCAGUUCAAAGGAAUGUGAAUCAUGUGGUCCGAUUACAAACAGAUCACUGAAGAAUCACUCCCACACUUUCAAGGAUUUCUGAGUUCCGUGAUGAGCCAGCGUUCAGAAACAAUCCCUGUUUUCAAAAUCAAAUGAAGAGAUCAGUAAUAGAACUGAGAGAUGUUAUCAACUCUUCUUCCUUUUGCUCCUCUUCAGAAUGCCUUUUCAAAUGCUGUUUCAUUCUCGUGUGACAAAGCUUUCAAGCCGCUUUAGUUGAUCCGAUGUUUGAUGCCUCAAAUUCUUCCAGUGAGUGAGGGUGUGUUGAGGCUUGAAAUGUUCUGGUCGGAAUCAUGCAGGAGCUUCUCUGAAAAAGACGCCUCUGAACCGCAGCAUGUGUUGCCCCUGACGACCCCAAACCCUCGGUCAUCUGGGUUUUUUCAUUUUUUGAAGGACUUCUCUCUUUUCCAGCCUUAAACACAAAAUCUUUAACACACUGCAUCUUUUCAACUGUUAGCAUGAUCAGCGUAAUUCCAGCAGAUCUCGCCGCUUUUCUCCUUCAGAAUCUGCUGGAACUACGCUGAUCGUGUUAACGGUU